GGAACAACCCUGAGAAAGGAGGAACAGCCGCUCUCUUUCUGUGACAUUCUGGAGAAGGUUAUGUUCCAUCUCAGCCUGAGGCACAGGACUGACUCACUCUCCUGGUGUUUCUGGAAGAAUAAUCAGUGAUCCAUCCUGACUCGUGUUCUUAGGGAAGAGCCUGUUUUGUGUGGGGGUCUUUUUAGACACUUACCUGCUUUGUGUUUUUACAGUGACCGGGAGUGAAGGGAAAAUAUUAGAUCAUGUCGGAGUUCUGGCUAAUUUCUGCCCCAGGAGAUAAAACAAAUCUGCAAGCAUGGGAGAGGAUGAACACGGUGACGUCUAAAUCCAACCUGUCCAGCAACAGCAAAUUCCAUAUUCCAGACUUAAAGGUGGGGACACUGGAUGCGCUUGUUGGUCUGUCAGAUGAGUUGGGAAAACUUGAUAGCUUUGCUGAAAGUGUAAUAAAGAAAAUAGCCCAGUACAUAGGAGAAGUUAUGGAGGACUCAAAAGAUAAAGUCCAGGAAAAUCUUCUGGCCAAUGGAGUUGACCUAAUUAGCUACCUGACACGGUUUGAGUGGGACAUGGCCAAAUAUCCCAUAAAGCAGCCGCUGAAGAAUAUAUCAGAAGCAUUAGCAAAGCAAGUGACACAGAUAGAAACAGACCUAAAGACCCGAUCAGCUGCAUACAACAACAUUAAAGGAAAUUUGCAGAACCUGGAGAAGAAAACUGUGGGAAAUCUGCUGACUCGGACCCUAGCAGACAUUGUGCACAAAGAAGACUUUGUUCUGAACUCCGAGUAUCUUAUCACGCUGCUCGUCGUGGUACCAAAGUCAAGCUAUGUACAGUGGCAGAAGACCUAUGAAUCCCUCUCCGAUAUGGUAGUACCUCGCUCCACCAAAAUGAUUGCUGAGGAUGCAGAGGGAGGACUCUUCACUGUGACCCUAUUUAGAAAAGUGAUGGAUGACUUCAAGGCUAAAGCCAGGGAGAACAGGUUUAUGGUUCGAGAAUUUUAUUUUGAUGAGAAGGAACUGAAAUGUGAAAAGGAAGAGCUGAUGAAAUUAGCUUCUGAUAAGAAACAACAAUAUGGCCCAUUGCUGCGCUGGCUGAAAGUGAACUUCAGCGAAGCAUUUGUGGCUUGGAUCCAUGUCAAAGCCUUGAGGGUUUUUGUUGAAUCUGUCCUGAGGUAUGGCCUCCCAGUGAAUUUCCAAGCAAUGCUGCUGCAGCCAAACAGGAAGUCUGUAAAACGCCUGAGAGAUGUCCUGAAUGUGGUCUUCAAACACCUGGAUGAAGUUGCAGCAGCAAGUAUAAUGGAUCCUGGCAUGGACAUCCCCGGUUUACAACUGAGUAACCAAGAAUACUAUCCUUAUGUCUACUUUAAGGUAGACCUCAGUCUUCUCGACAGCAGCUAA